AUGCCCUCCAAACUCUCCCCUCCGCAGCCACGAGUCCACGUCCUCGGCCUGGGCAGCAUCGGCAUCUUCACAGCCCACGGGCUGAACGAGAUCCUCCCAACCCCGCCUGCAGUAACCCUGCUCCUGCACCGAGAGACUUUAUACAACGAAUACAUUCGCCGGGGCAGCCGAACCACCCUGCACACCGCCAGCGGCCAGACCACCCACCACCGGGCCUACGACCUCGAGAUCUACAACCCGGUCACUCGCGCCUGGCACAGCCCACCCCCCUCGAACGAACCAGCAACCCACCCCAUCGACCACCUGGUCGUCGCCGUGAAAGCCACGCAGACCGUCGCCGCCCUCCGCCCGAUACAGCAGCGCCUGACCCCGUCCUCGACGAUCCUCUUCCUCCAGAACGGCAGCGGCAUGAUCGACGAGGUGAACGAGCACCUGUUCCCAGACCCCGCCACCCGACCAAACUACAUCGUAGGCGUGAUCUCGCACGGCGUGACAUUGAACACCGCAUUCGAGGUCACGCACACCGGCGCCUCCGCCAUCUCACUGGGGAGAGUCCCUCGCCACGCCAGCCAACGCCAGCGCCCCGCCAAAGAGGCAGCGUCAGGGGAAGACUACCUCCUCGACGCCCUUCCAACCUCUCCCCUCCUCACAGCAACAACCUACCCCACCUACGCCGAGAUCCUGCAGAUCCAACUCGAAAAGCUCGCCGUCAACGCCUUCUGCAACCCCGUCUGCGCGCUGCACAGCGCCCCGAACAAGUUCCUGUUCACCCAGCCCGCGCUGCGCCGCGCCGUGCUGGACGAGAUAUCCGCCAUCGUGCCGCGACUGCCCGAGUUGCGGGGUGUCGAGGGCGUGGCGGCGCGGUUCGCGCUGGACCGGUUGGAGGACACGGUUAAUGGGGUGUUGGAGCGGACGCGGGACACGACGUGUUCGAUGGUGGUGGAUCUGCGGUGCGGGCGCGAGACGGAGGUGCGGUUUAUCAAUGGGUAUUGGGUGCGGCGGGGGAGGGAGGUAGGCGUUGAUGUUGCGGUGAAUGAGAGGCUGAUGGCCGCUGUUUUGGAGAGGGGGAGGCGGUCCUGA